GUUAUGUUAAGACGCACGUGUGUGUGUGCGUGUGCGAAGAUUAAACUCUCUCUCGUCAGCUGCAUCACGUUAAAAUGCCGCUGAUAGUGGUAACUGGCGUACCGUGCAGCGGCAAAACGACGAGGAGCGUCGAGCUGAAGAGUUACUUCGAGGAGAAGUUGAAGGGCAGCGGGCAGACCGUGGAGAUAAUCAGCGAGAGCGACGCGAUAAUCCAGGCGGGCUACGAUAAAAAUGUAUAUUUUGCUGAUUCGAAAAAGGAGAAGGCUGUUAGGAGCUCAAUAAAGUCGAACAUCCAACGUAAACUGGACUCCAACAGCUUGUUGAUAUUCGACGGCAGCAAUUACAUCAAGGGGUAUCGAUACGAGAUCUACUGCACGACCAAAUUGUACAAGACUCCUCAGUGCACGCUGCACUGCAACUUGCCGAUCGAACAAGCCUGGCUGUGGAACAACAAACGACUCGAGUCGGAUCGGUACAGCGAGGAGAUCUUCGACUCGCUUGUAUCCAGGUACGAAGUACCAGAAGCUACAAAUCGAUGGGACUCACCACUUUUCACAGUUAUGCCGGAGGACAAUCUAACGUGUGACGAAAUUUACUGCUACCUCUACAAAGGCAAAUUGCCGAAGCCAAAUUUAAGUACCCAGAACGCGCCGUUAGCGUCCACGAAUUACCUGUACGAAUUGGAUAAUAUAACGAAAGAUGUAAUAAACGCGGUAUUAUCGAUGCAACAACUGGGAGUGAUCCACGAUAUAAAAAUACCAGGUUCUAGCGUGAAUUUAAAACGCGCGGCCGCACCGUCGAGACUCGCAAUGUUACGAAGGCAGUUUAUAAACUUUAGUAAAAUGCAACAAAAUGAAGUUGAUCAAAUUGCCACAUUAUUUAUACAAUAUCUCAAUAACAACAUACUGUAAAACUGAAUUUGUAUCUUUUUUUUUUAAUUUUAACAUGACUUUGUACGUAUGUAUAUAUGUAUAUAUAUAUAUAUAUA